ACGUCCAAAUAAAUCACAUCAGGUGUAACGUGUCGACCGCUGCAUCGCAGUCUGAUCUCUAGGUGAUUGAGAGAUGUGUAGAAAUCAACGUCUUUUAAAGCCCUUAUUGUUUUAGCAUCCUUUUAAUGUCUGCAUUCUCUCAACCUACCCGACUCGACGCACUUAAACCAUCCUUCAAAAGCAACAUAAAAAGGAAAAUAAAGGUUUUUUUUUUCCUAAUCAGCCACCUGUUGAACUGGGAGCGCCCGUAUGAGAGCAUUAGUAAGUGACAGAUGAUAAAUCGCUGGUGUUAUCCAGCUGACAAGCAAGCGAAAACUAUUUUCACCCAGACUGGGAGGACUUUUUGUUAGUUGGAUUUGCGAUGUGAGCACAAUCUUGUCCGAGAACAGUAACUUGGAACAGCAUUUCAAGACGGUGCACAAGAGACGGGAGGAGCUCAAAAAGCUCAGGAGCUGAAAAAAAAACAGCUGUCAGCGCAGCAGACGGGCUUCACCAGGCCCAGAGACUCCGGCAUUGACAGCCUGGAACUGCCACACAUGCGUUGAAGAAGACCCAAGACCCACCAGUGGAUGACUUGGCUUUGUUUUUCGGCUUGUUGAACAGGUUAUGCUGCCCAAAAGCUGUCUGAGUCCCAGUGAGAAAGAGAAGGGCUAAAAAAGCCGCACCAGUCCAAACCAGCUUCCCAGGGCCUGACCAGCAUCGAAUCACUGCAGAGCUAUGAGCAACCCCGGCACGCCCAGCAAGAGUACAAAUCCUGUUGCACCAGUUGGUCACAGUCCUGAGGCUCCACCCUCUUCGCCGCUUCCACGCUCAGAGGAGGAAGACGAUGGCGACUUGAACAAAGCUUUAGGCAUUCAGCGCUUCCAGCAGAUCCUCCACACAGCUGCUUCUGUGCCCGAUGACCAGCACCACAGUUACCAUGAGGAGGACAUCAAGUAUCACCGUCACUCGUCUCACCACAUCCACCGGCCUCUCUCCAAACUGCCCGUCGAUGGACGCAGGAAAAAGAACACCAAGAAAAGGAGAAAGGACAAAGAUCACAAAAGCAGCCACCCUCCGUCGAGCGGCCCGAUAGAGGAGGGUAAAGAUGAAGAGGAGGAGGAAGACGAAGGGACAGAGGGAACGUCUGCUCCGUCUGAGUCAGAGAAAGUCAAAGAUGUUGAGUUCUUCUUGUCAGAUGAAGAUUGUGUGGCAAAACGUGGCAAAGACUUGUCGAACUCGACCCGAGAGCUGAACAUCGUUCCUUUCACGGCUCUGAGAGCAGAAACUGAAGAUGCAUCUUCCACAGAUAAACCGGAGUCACCCAGCACUCCCAGUCCUGUUCCUCUGUCACCGUCAUCUGAACACCCACCCCUGACCCGGGUCUCCAGUCGCAGCUACGACCUGCAGGAGCGCCGCCGCACGGGCAACAUGACGGGCACCGAGCAGGCGAAGUACCAGCGUAUCCCCACGGACGAGAGCGAAGCUCUGACGCUGGCCACCGCUGACCUGGAUGGUAUCAAGAGUCAUCGUUUCGAGGAUGUUCCCGGGGUCCGCAGACACCUCGUCAGAAAGAGCACCAAAGGACAGAUAGUGCACAUCGGCAAAGACCACAAAGAGCCGACAACUCGCAGCCGAAAGCAGGACCGCACCCCACAUGAGGUGUUUGUGGAACUGAACGAGCUGACGAUGGACAAGAACCAGGAAAUGCAGUGGAAGGAGACGGCUCGUUGGAUCAAGUUUGAGGAGGACGUGGAGGAGGAGACGGACCGUUGGGGGAAGCCCCAUGUUGCUUCGCUGUCUUUCCGCAGUUUGUUGGAGCUCAGAAGGACCAUCUCCCACGGAGCGGUGCUGCUGGAUUUGGACCAGAAGACCCUGCCUGGCAUCGCCCACCAGGUGGUGGAACAAAUGAUUAUCUCAGACCAGAUCAAAGCAGAAGACCGAUCCAACGUCCUGAGAGCUCUGCUGCUUAAACACAGUCACCCGUGCGACGAGAAGGACCACACUACCCAUUUCCCCAGAAACAUCUCAGCAGCCAGCCUGGGCAGUCUGAUCCCACACCACCACAACGUGAACCACAACCAUCAGCCGGAGCCGUCUGUGACCGACCCCCUGAUGGGCGUGGGCAACUCCACGGCCGACAGCGACACUCGCAUCGACAUGGACAGGAACGAGCUGCAGAAGGAACCAACCCUUGGACUGGGCAUGCAUCGGUCCAAGUCCAAACACGAGCUGAAGCUUCUGGAGAAGAUUCCAGAGAACGCUGAGGCCACCGUGGUGCUUGUGGGCAGCGUGGACUUCUUGGAGCAGCCCACCAUGGCUUUUGUGAGGCUGCAGGAGGCGGUGGAGCUGGAGUCGGUUCUGGAAGUGCCCGUCCCCGUCAGGUUCCUCUUUGUUCUGCUGGGACCUCCAACCAGUAGCAUGGACUACCACCAGAUCGGACGCUCCAUCUCCACUCUCAUGUCUGACAAGCAAUUUCACGAGGCAGCUUACCUGGCAGACGACAGGCACGACCUCCUGAACGCCAUCAACAGCUUCCUGGACUGCAGCAUCGUGCUGCCGCCUUCAGAGAUGGGAGACGACGAGCUGCUGCGCUCCGUCGCCCGCUUUCAAAGGGAGAUGCUGCGCAAGAGAGAAGAAGUGAAACUGCUGGCAAAGGAGCCAAAAAGCCUCGAAGAAAAAGAGGCCCUGCUCGCACCUUCAGAGAAGUCGGACGACCCCUUAAAGCGCACCGGGCGCCUCUUUGGGGGGCUGAUAAAAGACAUUCAGCGCCGGUACCCAAAAUACAUCAGUGACUUCAAGGAUGCUCUGAGCAGUCAGUGCAUGGCUGCGGUUAUCUUCAUCUACUUUGCUGCUCUUUCUCCAGCGAUAACGUUUGGAGGCUUGCUAGGUGAGAAGACGGAGGGUCUGAUCGGCGUCUCGGAGCUGAUCGUGUCGACGUCGAUGCAGGGCAUCAUCUUCUGCUUACUCGGAGCUCAGCCGCUGCUCAUCGUGGGCUUCUCCGGACCCCUGCUGGUCUUUGAAGAAGCGUUUUUCAGUUUCUGCAAAGCGAAUGCUAUCGAGUAUCUAACGGGCCGCGUCUGGAUCGGCUUUUGGCUCAUCAUCAUCGUCACCAUCAUGGUGGCCUMUGAAGGCAGCUUCCUGGUGCGCUUUGUCUCCUGCUUCACCCAGGAAAUCUUCUCCUUCCUCAUCUCCCUCAUCUUCAUCUGCGAGACCUUCGUCAAACUCGGGCAGAUUUUCACGGAGCACCCGCUGAAACGCUGCUCCCUCAUCAAUGACACAAAAGGAGACGCGACGGCAGCAAACAUCUCUCUGGUUCAGGCCAACGGCUCGCUUCCAAACAACYACACUCAGAUUGUAAGUGUCAGCGGAGAGCCCAACACUGCUCUGCUCUCCCUGGUUCUCAUGGCGGGGACGUUCUUCAUCGCCUUCUACCUGCGAAAGUUCAAGAACAGCGCCUUUUUCCCUGGAAGGUUCCGACGGAUGAUUGGAGACUUCGGAGUCCCCAUUGCGAUCCUCAUCAUGGUCCUGGUGGAUUACAGCGUUGACGACACUUACACACAGAAACUCAGCGUUCCCAAAGGAUUCUCUGUGACGAGCACCAACAAGAGAGGCUGGUUCAUCAAACCUCUGGGCUCAGACGGUAACUUCCCCAUCUGGAUGAUGUUUGCCUGCUGUCUGCCCGCACUGCUGGUUUUCAUCCUCAUCUUCAUGGAGACUCAAAUCACCACCCUCAUCGUCAGUAAGAAGGAGCGGAUGUUGGUGAAGGGUUCUGGUUUCCACCUGGACCUCCUCCUGAUCGUGGUCCUGGGUGGCUGCUCGGCUCUUUUCGGCCUGCCGUGGAUGGCCGCUGCCACCGUCCGCUCCGUCACCCACGUCAACGCCCUCACCGUGAUGAGUAAAGCCGUCGCCCCCGGAGACAAGCCUCGCAUCAAGGAGGUGAAGGAGCAGAGGGUCACCGGGCUCCUGGUGGCCAUCAUGGUCGGUAUGUCCAUCGUGAUAGGUGACCUGCUGCGUCAGAUCCCCCUGGCUGUCCUGUUUGGCAUCUUCCUSUACAUGGGCGUGAUGUCGCUCAGCGGCAUCCAGCUAACGGAGCGAAUGAUGCUGCUCCUCAUGCCACCAAAGUACCACCCCGACCACACCUACGUCCGCAAGGUUCGGACGUGGCGCAUGCAUCUCUACACCUGCAUCCAGGUGGUGUGUCUGGCCAUCCUGUGGGCCGUGAUGUCCACACAGGCGUCCCUGGCUUUCCCUUUCGUCCUCAUCCUCACCGUCCCGGUCAAGAUGUUCGUGCUGCAUCGCAUCUUCAACGCCAGAGAGAUGGCGUGUUUGGACGGAGACGAUGCAGAACCAAAGUUCGACGAGCGCGAGUGUCACGACGAGUACUCCGAGAUGCACAUGCCCGUUUAAAGCUUCUGAAAACCAGCGACUCACUGCCCUCCACCAAAACAUCUCAAAGCCAACGGGUCAAAAACCUAAACUGUGUUCUGGUGGUUCUUGAAGGUGUUUUUAUUUCUGCUGGUUACCAGCUGUUUUAGUGGCUUUACAGAACAAAGUGAAGAUUAGUUUCUUCUGUUUAUUUAAACAUUUUCUUUGCAAGGGACAAGAGAUUCCAGACCUAAUGAAGUGAUCUCAAAUCAAAAACGAAUGUGGUAGCAGUAAAUAGAUUUGCUAAACUGAUUUUAGCCUUGAGAGGUUGCUAUGAUUCACAUUGAAUAUGUGGAGGAGAUAUAGGAUACAUUCCUUUAUUUUAACAUGUCCAGUUAGUGCUAGUCAAGUUUUUUUAAAAGCUCACUAAGCGCCUUACGAAGAAAACGAGAUAAACUGAGCUGUGUGUUUUUCCUCAUUCAGUCUUUUUUUAGACCGUAAAUCACUUUAAACACAAAGCUUGUAGCACUUUCAUUUUGUAAGAAACCAAAUCUGAACAAUGACUGUAUAAAUGUAAUUGUUUUAGCUUUUUAAGAGUUCUUUUAAUUCUCUUUAAGUAUUGGUAACGCUUUAGUUAGCUUCCUAAAUGUUUUGUGAUUGAUUUUUAGCCUGCUAUACCUUAUUCAAUUAAUGUUUUUUGUUCUUUUGUUUUUGUUUUUUGACAAAGAUGCUGCAGUUUAAAUGAUGUCUAACCUUAAAAGUCUGUGCCUGCAGUGACACAAGAUCACCAGCAGAGGGAGAUCUUGGGUGACUGUUACAACGAGCCACCAAAAAGAAGUACAUAAAAAUGCAGUUUCAUUAUACUAACGCCAUGAAGUUGUCUUUUUCAUCACUGCUUGUUUAAUAGAAAAUGAUGCUGCAGCUUAGAUAAUAUACUCUAAAUGUUUCCACACAUGUUUAGGGCACUAAAGGUUCUGGUGUAGUCUGGAUGUGGUUCGUUUCUUGGUAAUUCUGUGAUUUAUUAGUUGUUUUUAACGUGCCAAAUGUAGGUUGUGGUGAGCACAGUAAGCUGCAGUUCAGUCAUCAAAGCCUAAAUCAACACAUUUUUAUUGUACGACAUUCCAUGUUUUACCUUGUUUUUGAAUCAUAUCAACAUUUCAGUUCCAAUAGUUUCAUCAUGUUUAACAUUUCCACCCGGGCUGUGAAGACAAUCUAAGUAGUUCAUGGAUCACUGCAAGGAAAGACUUUUAAGAUAAAAAAUGCUUUUUGUUGUUUGUUUUUAAUUUUUAUUUUAUUUUUAUUAUUUUUUUUUCCAUUAAGUUUUGCAUCAUGUUGCCACCGUGCAACAUGGCUUGGUUAAAGCUUUGACUGUGUCAAAUAACGUCUCAUUUCCAGGCCUCAGUUACACCCACACAAACCUAAAUAUCACACACUACUUUCCCCUCUGAGCUGUCCCCCGUUCCUGCCCGACUGAAAUUGUGAUCUUGUGCCUUUUUGGUGUCAAAGUUGCACAAAAUCUCAAGUGCCUGUUAGAGGGGAAAAGAAAGUAACCCGCUGCAACGUGUGUGUUUGUUAGGAUGUUACACUCAAAUCAAACAUCUCUGAAUUAUUUAUCUGUUGAGAUAUGUUGCUGUUAACGCAUAUUUAAAGAAUAUUAACUUUUUUUUGUAAUGCAAACACUCAACCUGGAUGUACUCGUAGAACAGAAGUAGUUCAGUGCAGCCGGUGUUUUUGAUCAUCGUGACUGUUUAUCUCUAAAUAUAUCAUGUAGGUUUAUUUCAAAAGCAAUACAAAGUCGAAGUAGAUAUUCAGAUGUUCCUGUGUGCAUCAAUGGUUCACAUUGAUGCAAAUAAAGUAUAUUUUCUAUUUA